AUGGAGAUUCGAGGUACAGUUGCCCUCGUAACCGGUGGCAGCGGUUAUUUCGGCAGGGCAGUGGCUAAGCAUCUUCUAGACCGGGGAGCAAAGGUCGGCAUCGUUGAUAUAGAGGCGAAGACUGGCAAUGACGUUUGUCGACAGUUAAGCCAGAAGUAUGGGGAAGACAAGACAGCAUUCUUUGAGUGUGACGUCACAAAUGUCGAGCAAUUCGAGCAAGCGUUCGUUGAGGCAAUCAACAAGUUCGGAAAACUGGACAUUGUCGUCAACAGCGCUGGCGUUCCAGAGCUCCCAGACUGGAAGAAAGUGUUCGCCAUUGACGCCAUGGCGGUGUACCAAGGUACACUCCUGGCCAUGAAGUUCAUGGACAAAAGCUGUGGCUGGAAAGGGGGGCACGUUGUCAACGUAGGCCUCUAUCACAGGUGA